UAAACACGCGCUCGAUGACUAUAACUGACACCCACCCUGCGUCGGAGCUAUGUUUAAUAGGACACAUGCAUUCGUUUCCGAAGAUUCUGGUGUAAACGAGCGACUAGAUUGGCAGUGAUCGACAACUCCCCAUGUCGCCUGAGCGAAACUCGUCCGAGCAGUCAGCGCAAGGCUGGAAAGUUUGAGGGCUACAGACCGAUCUGCUACUUUAGAUAAAUGUGAACAUCGACUCGGAAUCUGGAUACCGUCCUGAGCCGCAUCUAAGAAACUCAAUGAACAGACCAUGGCAAACUAUAAAGCCCAAAUGAUAUAUUCUUCACUGAUUGUUGCUCUCUUGUUUUAUCUUUGUGCAGCUGAUCAGUUGAUCAACCCGAAGGACAUUCCGCUUGGAAUAUGCAGUCCCGUCAGCUCCUGCUGGCACUACGAAAGUCCUCCCGACGAAAUUUGCCCCGUUGAUCUCUCAAAAUGCCCAAACGACGAUCCUAGCUGCGGCAUGUAUCAUAGCGACUGCUACUGUAAACUCAAGACCGGGCUCUCAUGCGCAUGGGUUUGCGGCUGGUGGGAAUGGAUGCAAAUCGAAGACUGGUUCUUUAAGCAAUGCCCGGAUGCACCAACCGUUGAAUUCAGCAAAGCUCCAACAUGCGUCGCAACAUGCCUCGCGGAGAAAAGCAUCGACUAUGGAUGUUUGACGAAGAAUACGAACUGCUUCUGCAUCCACGGUUCGCUUUUCGAUUGCCAACAGUGGUGUGGAGAUCAAGACAAGCAGAAGUUGAAGGGUUGGCUCAUGGACACUUGUGGCAUCGACGAGAGCUUAGCCGCGGCAGGAGUGGAGAGUGGGGACUUCACGGUCGCAUCGAGCGCGAACACAGGCAGAGAAGCUAUCUUAACAUCACGACGAAGAAGGAAGCUAAGAUGGUAUGAAAUUAUGGUGAUUGCCCUGCUAUCAAUUUCAUUUGUCGCUGCAGUAGCUUUGUGGGGGUGGGUGAGAUGGACUAAUGCUGGGGGCAAGAUCAGGACUGCUCUUCCUCGUGACGUGAAAGUUCAGUAGCAUCAAGGUCAAACAGUAUUACUGGGAAGUGCAACCGAAACGGGUGAUUGCAUUAGGAAUUUGGGCUGCUUUCAAUCCUUUUAGUUUAUUGUCUUGCCUUUAAUUUUUGCCGUCUCUCUGGAUAUAGCUACAAUGGCAGUUUUGAUUAUAAG